AUGAAGAGCUGUCUAACAUUCAUUCUUCUGUCAUCUAUAGUUACAGUCACCACAGCUGACAGAGUAAGGCUGGUGGGUGGCAGUAAUUCUUGUGCUGGUAGGGUGGAGACUUUUUAUAAAGGAGAAUGGGCAACCAUGUGUCUUGAUUAUUGGGAUAUAACAGCUGCAUCAGUGUUGUGUAUGCAGCUGGGCUGUGACAGUAAUCCAGACACAAUACAUGCUGCUCACUUUGGACCAGGAUCAGGAAAAAUUUUGAAAGUUAAUAUUGAUUGUAGCGGAUCAGAAUCCACAGUACUGAGAUGCAGCAGAAUGGCACUUUAUGAUCCCAAUUGUAAUCACAAUGAAGAUGUUGGACUUAUCUGCAAAGACACACUGAGAUUAGUAGGUGGUGGCAGUCGUUGUUCUGGUAGAGUUGAGGUUCUUCAUGAUGGUCAAUGGGGAACAGUGAGUGAUGAUGGUUGGGAUCUGAGAGAUGCUGCAGUGGUGUGUAGAGAGCUGGACUGUGGAGAGGCUGUAGAUGCACCAACACAUGCCUAUUUUGGAGAAGGGAAAGGGCCAAUCUGGAUUAAUAAUGUACAGUGUACUGGACAAGAGUCUGACCUGAGACACUGCAGAACAGAUGGAUGGCGGAAACAGGAUGGUAAACAUAUAAAUGAUGCUGGAGUCGUCUGCUCGGCAAUCAGGCUGGUUGAAGGUUCUCGCUGUUCUGGGAGAGUUGAAAUGCAUCGUGGUAACACCUGGAUGUCAGUGUGUGAUGCUGUGUUUGAUGAUCAGGAUGCAGAGGUUGUGUGUAGAGAGCUGAACUGUGGGGUUCCUGUACAGCUGCUGGGUGCAGAUACUUUUGGUAAAGGAGAGGGGCAGGUGUGGACACAAGAGAUUCAAUGUAGAGGAAAUGAAUCUCACAUUCGAUCAUGUUCAUAUUCUUCACGUAAAGUAACCUGCUCUCAUGACAAUGAUGUGGGACUCAUAUGUUCUGGUUACUCUGACCUCAGACUGGUGAAUGGCUCUGAUAUCUGCUCUGGUCGAGUUGAGCGUCAGUAUUUCAGUAAAUGGGGCUCAGUGUGUGAUGAGUGCAUGAAUAUGAGAGCUGCCAAUGUUCUCUGUAGAGAGCUGAAUUGUGGGAUUGCUGUGUCUGUUGUGGGAGUGGACUGGUUUGGAGAGGGAUCUGGUGAAAUCUGGGCUGAUGUGUUUGAUUGUCAGGGGAAUGAAACAAAACUCUCAGAAUGUUCAAUCUCUUCAUGGAGUCGAGCUGAAUCCUCUCAUAAACAA